AUGGUGUACCAGGCACUAAGGACUCAACCUCUCGACAAUGAUCCGGUUCCUGGGGCGGUCCCCUCUAAAAAUAACCCUGUGGCGUGUGAUCCCAGACUUCCAGACGAAGCUGAGCCUUCGCUCGUGAGACAUCAGACCGACGCACUCCGUACUACUUCUCCUGUUCACCCAAAACGGGGUGUACUAGGAAAGCUAGUUGGCAGGCCAGUCCUUCAGCUUAAGUCUUGGUGUGACAGCUCAGAUUUAAGAGCUACACUACCAAUACAUAUAAAGGUACCUCCACCGUGGCGUGUGAUCCUCGCCUUCCAGACGAAGCUGAGCCUUCGCUCGCGAGACAUCAGACCGACGCACUCCGAUUGUUGCGAAAUGAAGGGGGUCUUCCUGUUAUUCCUCCUAAUUAGCGGAGCAGUUGCUGCAUCCCUAGAUGUGCUGGAAAAUGAGGUUCGAGAUUUAGAUUCUGGCUCCGAUUCCGGCUCAGAUUCUGGCUCUGGUUCUGGAUCUGGAUCUGGUUCUAAAUCUGGCUUUGGCUCCAGUUCCGGCUCAGAUUCUGGCUCUGGCUCUGGUUCCGGCUCAGAUUCUGGCUCUGGCUCAGGUUCCGGCUCAGAUUCUGGCUCAGGUUCCGGCUCAGAUUCUGGCUCUGGCUCUGGUUCCGGCUCAGAUUCUGGUUCCGGCUCAGAUUCUGGCUCUGGUUCUGGAUCUGACUCUGGUUCUGGCUCCAGUUCUGGCUCAGAUUCUGGCUCUGGCUCUGGCUCCGGAUCUGACUCUGGCUCUGGCUCUGGCUCCGGAUCUGACUCUACUUCUGGCUCCGGUUCCGGAUCUGACUCUGCUUCUGGCUCCGGUUCUGGCUCAGAUUCUGGCUCUGGCUCCGGCUCUGGCUCUGGUUCCGGCUCAGGUUCCGGCUCUGGCUCCAAUUCUGGCUCUGGUUCCGGCUCAGGUUCUGGGUCUGGCUCCGGUUCUGGCUCAGAUUCUGGGUCUGGUUCUGGUGAUGGCUCCGUUUCCAGCUCUCCUUCACUCCCUGACGACCCUACAACUCCUCCUUCACCCCCUGACGACCCUACAACCCCUCCUUCACCCCCUGACGACCCUUCUACCCCUCCUUCACCCCCUGACGACCCUUCUACCCCUCCUUCACCCCCUGACGACCCUUCUACCCCUCCUUCACCCCCUGACGAGCCUACUACCCCUUCCGACUCCUGUGAUGAACCUGAUCCCGCAACUUGCGCCGAUCACACAAUGAAUCCUGUUCCUUUGUGUUGCCAAGAUGAAGACAAUAUUUGCCAAAAUCAAUACUUUGGCACAUGCAAGCUCUCGUGGCAAGACAAGUGUAAAUGCGACGCCAUCCUAGACGAUGUCUGCAGUGGAGAAGGCUGUACCUGUUGCGUAGACUGUAGUCGUGACACGCGUAACCAAUGCACAUACAGCGGUGGUUUUUGCAGGAAAAAUUGUGGAAAGUUCGCCUAUCCUAGUGGUGAGCUGUGCGGCAACAAUGAACACUGCAGGUGCUGCAAAAAGUGUGACGAAAGUAAAUGCAAGGAACGAUACCCUACGUCGUGCACCUUUAGCGAUGAAUCCUUCUGUUUGAACGGACAUUAUUACGUGAAGGAACCAAAUGAGCCCUGCGGCUGCUGUGUCCCCUGUUCUGCCAACGCCACUUGUGUGUCACUGGGAGGUUAUGCUGAGCGAAAUGAAUUCCAAUGUCGGGUUGGUUAUGCUGGGGUCAACUCGCAAGACGUCUGUAAAUGCUGUGUUCCGGAAACGCCAAGUGAAUGCGACAGAAAUGCUUCAGGACUGGUGUUUGCUGACACCGAUUAUUGCUGGGAAGGAAGCUGUUUCCCGCACUUUGAGCAAAGGAAUCAAAGCAAAACUCCCGGCGGGAAGGAUUGCAACUGUUGCUAUGCAGGGCUUUGUCGGCGCUGCUUCCCCGACCAGGGCUGCAGCGACGGAAGAGGCUGCUGCACCACGAAGGAAACGUGCCCUUGCGUGGACUACGUUAACACUGACGAGUGUGAAAGCAACGAUGAUGUGCAUUGCCGUUGCUGCAAACACAAGUGUCACCAGAAUACAAGUAAUGAUAUUUUCCGCUUGUCAAGAUACUUUUAAUAUUUUAGGUCUUCUAUUAAAGCUCUGUGGUUAUGCUCACCCUUUCAAUAAAUCAGUUUCCUUAAAGCUAGCCUUUGAAUAUCAAUUGUAAACCAAAAAGUCAAAAUAAUUAGAAUGUUUUCCUCACUUUGUCAAAAACAUUGCUAACAUCACCAUCAACAUCAUUAUCGUUAUUAUUAUUACAAUCAGUGUUAUUAUUACACUACAUUUAUUUAUAUUUGUCAUUAUGCUUAUCGGCCCCA